CAAAGCCACUGACCUUUGCUGAUUGUGUUGGGGAUGAACUUCCUCUAGGAUGGGAAACUGUAUAUGAUAAACAAAUUGGAAUUUAUUAUAUGGACCACAUAAAUAAGCUUACCCAGAUUGAAGAUCCAAGAGAGCAGUGGAGGAGAGAGCAAGAACGCAUGCUGAAAGAGUAUUUAGUUGUAGCCCAGGAGGCUCUCAAUGCCAAGAAAGAAAUCUACCAGAUCAAGCAACAGCGGUUUGAGCUAGCUCAGGAAGAAUAUCAACAACUGCACAAGUUGUGUGAGGAUGAUGGCCGCUCAUAUACCAGCUCCUUCUCUGGAUAUUCAGCUAAUACAAAGUAUGAUCCACACCAGAUUAAAGCAGAAAUAGCAAGUCGUCGGGAUAGGCUUUCCAGAUUAAAACGGGAGCUGGCCCAGAUGAAGCAGGAGCUCCAAUACAAAGAAAAGGGUGUGGAGACCCUACAAGAGAUUGACCGGAAGAUGUCAAGUACUCACACCAACUACAAACUGGAUGAGGCCCAGGCUAUAAUGACUGAACUCCGUACCAUUAAGAAAGCCAUUUGUACAGGAGAGAAAGAGCGACGGGAUCUGAUGCAGAGUCUGGCCAAGCUUACUGACAGCUUCAAGAAUAGCUGCUCCAUUGUGGACACUCUGGCAGAUUUCUCUCACAGCACAGGUGCACUUGGUAACGCUGGUGCCCCUCAGCAGUUUUGCGAUGCUGGCUCUCAGACGGACACUGUAGGGGAGUUUCUCUUUGAUGAUAAAACGAGACUUGUAGACCGUGUCAGACUUAACUGGCAGUAUGAAGAAGCCCGGAAAAGAGUCUCCAAUAUUCAGCAGCAGCUGGCUCAGCUGGCUAACGAGUCAUGGCCAGGCAUGGCAGAGGCCGACAGGGACCGGCUGCAGCUCAUCAAAGAAAAGGAGGCCCUGCUGCAGGAGCUGCAGCUCAUUAUUCAGCAGCGGAGGUCAGCAGAAGAUGUGGUUCGUCUGGAAGAGGAAAGGAGGCGCCUGGAGGAAGAGAUCCAGCGUGCUAGGGCCACAUCUGCACAGGGUGCCACAGAAAGGAUUCUACUUCAGGAAAAAAGAAACUGUCUACUUAUGCAGCUGGAAGAAGCUACACGUUUAACAUCAUAUCUCCAGUCGCAGUUAAAGAGCCUGUCUGCCAGUACCCUAACUGUGUCCUCUGGGAGCAGCCGUGGGUCCCUGGCCUCCAGCAGGGGUUCCCUGGCCUCCAGCCGUGGCUCCCUCAGCUCCAUCAGCUUCACAGACAUCUAUGGCCUCCCACAGUAUGAGAAGGCCGAUGCUGAGUGUGGCCAGCUUCUGCGCUUCGAUCUGAUCCCCUUUGAAUCUCUGGGCCGAGAUGUCCCCUUUACAGACCCACAGAGCCACUCUGGCUUCCACAAGCAAAGGAAGUCCCUGGAUACACCUCAGUCUUUGGCUUCACUGUCUUCUCGCUCCUCCUUGUCCUCUCUGUCACCCCCUAGCUCUCCCUUAGACACACCCUUCCUCCCAGCUUCGAGAGAUUCCCCUCUGGCACAGAUGACUGACACCUUUGAGGUAGCAGGCCUGGGAACUCUGGACAGACUGCGGUCACAGGCCUCUACUCUAGGAGAUGAAGAUUUGCAGGGAACUGCGACACUUCAGCCACAUGGAAUCCCUGUGGAUGGAGAAGGACCCCGUGAGCGAGGACCUCAACCUGUGGCUCCUACUAGUGCAACAGUGACCCUGCGGGAAGACAGCGCCAAGAGAUUGGAGAGAAGAGCACGCCGUGUUUCUGCAUGCCUGUCAGAUUACUCCCUUGCCAGUGACAGUGGGGUUUUUGAACCUCUAACCAAAAGAAAUGAAGAUGCUGAAGAAUCUGCUUUUGGAGACACUUUCGGAAACAAUGAGCCCCAGAUCUAUGUGGGAUAUCUGCAUGAUAGUCCCAAUGAGUAUCUCCUUGUGCAUGUGUUGCAACUGAGGAACCUUGCUGGGCUGGUGAUGAAGGAAGACUGCAAAAUCCAUAUCCGCGUCUACUUGCCACCACUGGACUCUGGCACUCCCAACACCUACUGCUCCAAGUCUCUGGAAUUCCAAGCUCCAUUGGUGUUUAAUGAAGUGUUUAGAAUCCCUGUGCAUUCCAGCAUGUUGACAUUGAAAUCACUGCAGUUAUAUGUGUGUUCAGUGAAUCCUCAGCUACAGGAAGAACUGCUGGGCAUUGCUCAGAUAAACUUGGCCGACUGUGACAGUUCAAGUGAAAUGCAGCUACGCUGGUAUCCUGUGCAGGUCUUUGCCAGCCCUGAGCCACCUAAGCCAAAAGAGCCUGUACGAGUUAUAGAGAGUGCCAUACGGGAAACCACGAAUGCCAGCUCUGGAAAGACGGAUGCAGUGACAGUGCUGCUGGCCAGAACCACAGCACAGCUACGAGCUGUGGAGAGAGAGCUGGCAGAGGAGCGUGUGAAGCUGGAAUAUACAGAGGAAGAGAUCCUGGAGAUGGAGCGUAAGGAAGAACAAGGCGAGGCUGUGUCUGAGAGGAGUUGGCAGGCUGACUCGGUUGAUAGUGGCUGUAGUAACUGCACCCAGACCAGCCCCCAAUACCCAAACUCCUGUUACAUUGGUGUGGACUCUAUCCAUGGGCAUGUGGUUACUGGCCAGGCAGAUUCUUACAAUCCUGAGAAACUUCAGCCCCUGCCUCUUAAGGUUGACAAGGAAACCACCACAGAAGACCUUUACCUGGAGGAAGCUGUGGGAGUUCGAAAGGAAUGGCCUAGCCGCCGUGCCCGUGGCUCUCCUUUUGUCCGCAGUAGCACUAUUGUGCGCUCGCAGACCUUCUCACCAGGGGCGAGAAGCCAGUAUGUUUGCAGACUUUAUCGUAGUGACAGUGACAGUUCAACACUGCCCAGGAAGUCCCAUUUUAUACGAAAUACAUUAGAAAGACGAACUCUUCGCUAUAAACAGUCUUGCAGGUCGUCCCUGGCCGAGCUGAUGGCCCGCACCUCUCUUGACCUGGAGCUGGACCUCCAGGCCUCAAGGACUAGGCAGAGGCAGCUGAAUGAGGAGAUUGGCACCCUCAGGGAGCUGAGGCAGCGGCUGGAAGAUGCCCAGCUGCGGGGCCAGACUGACCUCCCACACUGGGUGCUCCGAGAUGAGCGGUUCCGCAGCCUACUGAAGGAAGCAGAGAGGCAGACAAGACAGACCAAACUUGACUACCAUCAGGAACAAGUAGCUGAGAAGAUGCUGAAGAAGGCGUCCAAAGAGAUCUACCAGCUGCGAGGACAGAACCACAAGGAGCCAAUCCAAGUACAGACCUUUAGGGAGAAGAUAGCAUUUUUUACAAGACCAAGGAUUAACAUACCUCCUCUCCCAGCUGAUGAUGUUUGAUGUAGUGCAUUGUGCACAUGAAGUAUUUAUCUGCCUGUUUUAUUUUCAUGAAGUUCUUAGAUUAGCUAAAUUUGUCUUUAAAAUAUUUGUGCAAAGCUAUUAAUAUACACAUUUUGUAAAAAAAA